AUGGGAAUGGGAUCCUCUUUUUAUUAUUUAUUUGGAGACAAAAAUAUUUCAAUUGGCAUUCAGCAAGCACUGGCCAGUUCGAAAAUACUUGUCAAUGGAACUGGAAUUUUGCUUGUUGGAAAAAGUAGCUAUGAAUCGGCAACUGAAGGAGCACUUGCUAUUGUUGAAAAAGACAGAGAAACAAUUAUUUCUAAUGAAAAAUACUUGUUUGAAGCUAUUUCUCGAAUGAUCUAUCUUUUAAGCAAUGCUUCAAAUGUAGGUGAAUCUUUAAUUUUGCUAUCAAAAAAAUGCAAAAAUCACUAUUGCGUGAAUGAUUUUUCCCUACUCAAUAUACAAAAUUCGCAAAGAAAAAUUGUUGGGUCUAUAGUUGAUGGGAAUGCAGUUUUAAAUAAUUUUUCAAUGAUUUUCCCAGGGAAUUCUGUUGAUGUGCCCAAGUCUCAAAAAAAAAUUUUAUAUUUUAGUGCUAACGAUGGAACCACCAACCCAGGUUCUCCCUCAAUGGAAAUAGUAACUUUUUAUAAAAGAGGUUUUACAUUAGCAUUACAAGAUAUGAAUAAUGGAAUCGAUAUACUACAAAAUUUCCAGCUAAAGCUCAAUGAUUUUGACUGUGGAGCAUCGGUCUAUAAUGAAAAAUUUUGUUAUAACUGCAUUAAUAAAGAUAAAAAUCGAUUAGGGCUGGCACAUAUAGUCUCUGUUACUUCCUCAAUGGCUUAUGGACAAAUUGCAACAAUGGCAAAAUUAAAUAUAACAAUUCCUCUUAUUGGAGUUAUCAGCCUUGAUCCAGGGCUUUCAAAUUCAACUAAGUAUCCAUAUUUUACAAGAGUAAUCUUGCCAAGUAACUAUGCUUUUAAGCAAAUACCAUUGCUAUUAAAAGUUAUGGGCUGGGAAAGUAUUGCAAUAAUUUAUCAAAAUGAUACUGGAUCAAUCACAAGUAACUACUAUUUAAGCCAAGCAGCUGAAGAACAGAACAUACACAUUGUUAACAAAUUAAAAAUAAUUCCAUUUUCUUUGACCAGAGAUUCUAUAAGAAAUUAUACAAAUGUAUUUCAAGAGAUCAUUGAUACAAAUGUAAGAUUUGUUGUCUUAUUAUUGAAUUCUGCAGGACUAGAUUACACAGCGGAAUUAUUUUAUGACUUAGGAAUGAGAAAAGGUGAUAUCAUUUUUUUAAAUUACAUGACAAUUUUCAUAAAAUUCAAAGCUUAUAACUACGGAAGAUUCAACUUAUGACAUAAAUUAAGUCUAAUUGGAGUCGCAUGAGUUUCUUGUUUAUGCACUAUAAAUUUCCUUAUUGAAGGAUCUGGCAUUCCAUGGGUUGCCUUAAUUUUAGGUGGAUGGACAUCAUUUAUCUUGAUAGGAUUGAUUGUCCAAAGGAAAAAAUACCCAAGUUUAUUAUUUAGAAAAGAAAAAGACACUUCAAAUUUAUUUAAAUUCGCAUUUACUUUUGGAAAGAGUUCAAAAGCUCAUCAUUCAAAAAUUGAGCCACAAAAAUUAGACCUCUUUAAUAAAGGUUCUAAAUAA